AGCCUGUGGACAAAAGCAUGUACAACGCCAUCCAAGAGUUCUGCAGUCGGACGCGCGCCUCCUGUCCUCCAGGCCCCGAGGGACCAGUAGGACCCAGAGGAGAAUCCGGCCAGUCAGGCCAGGACGGAGACCGGGGCGAUCGGGGCCUGCCUGGACAGACCGGGCCUCAAGGACCGCCCGGCCUGCCAGGGGUACCCGGACCAUCUGGGAUGAGAGGACCCAAGGGAGAGAUUGGUCUGCCAGGUGUCCCGGGCCUGGAUGGGCGGGAUGGGCUUCCUGGUGAACCUGGCCUGGACGGCAUCCCAGGGCGCAAUGGGCUGAACGGUAUCCCCGGUGUGGAUGGCAUCUGGGGCUCCAAUGGUUUGCCGGGACGGGAUGGUUUCAACGGUACUGACGGGACCCCAGGUGCCAAAGGCGAGCGAGGACCGCGAGGCUUUCAGGGCAUGAGAGUUCAAGUAGUAUCCAGAUCGUGCCAAAAAGCUGAUGAGACCACAAAGAGCUGGAGCCGAUCGAGAACAUUAGUUGCCUACGAGUACUCCACUGCCAGAGCAGAAAGUAAUUCUUGGUGUGCCAUACAACAGAUAGUGGUCAUUACAGGGAAAGAUCCUGUUCCACUUCAGCUGCAAUCUAACAUGGUCACCCCAAGAGAUGACUUGAGAACCACACUGGAAGAGGCGGACGUCAUGAUUGUGCAACAAUUGGUGAAACUUGCUUCAUGUGGUGAUGCCAAUAUCAAAGUCAUUUGUGAUGGCAGAUAUAUUGACCCACUUCACUAUGGAUGGGUCCGUGGUGAGGACAAUGUGUUACAACCUGCUACGUUGCCUGAGGAUGUCUCGCCUGUUCCAGUUGAACUCCUGCAGAUGAUCAAAGGAGGGUAUCGCUGGACCUCGGGGUCGGAAGGGCAAGAAUGGCACACCAGGCAUACCAGGAGAGCCGGGGAUCAGUACCUUGAUGGUGAACGGUACCGCACCCUCCAAGCUCUUGUAGCUCCUGUUAUACCAGGUUCGACCCGCACGCGGCCUCGACGACGCAAGCCGAUCGUCGUGCGGGAGGGCGACAAUUUGCGGCUGCGGUGCCAAGCUGCAGGCGAACCUUUACCGCAAGUUGAAUGGAGCCGAGAGGAUGGCGGAGCAAUACCAACCGGGCAGUGGAAGGAUGGUUCGCUCAUCGGUCGAGUGCUCAACCUGACACACGUACGUCGUGAUCACACCGGUACGUACAGAUGCGAGGCCUACAACGGCAUCACGCCCAACGACUACAAGACCUUCAGAGUUGAGGUCCACUUCGACCCGUACCUGGUGGUGAACCAGUGGAAAGUGGGUGCUUACAACGGGUCAAGUGCCAAGCUGGAGUGCCACGUAGAGGCCUUCCCCGUAGCCGUCACUUACUGGGAAGACCAACACGGCCGCAUCCUCGAUAACUCCACGAAGUACAACAUCUCUUAUCACCAGGACCCCAACUUUACAUGGAAGAGCGCCAUGCUGCUGAACAUCUCAGACAUCGAGGAGUCAGACCUGGGUGACUACCAUUGUGUGGCCAAGAACGAGUUGUCCAUCACGCGCGGCCUCGUGAAGGUGUACGAGAUUGAUGGGACGCUGCACGUCCCCUCCACGGGCACGGUGGAUGGCCUAACCUUCGGUCCUGACCCACCACGCUUUGUGGACCUGUUCGAUGACUUGUGUCCCCCGCCCCCUGAGUGCCCCGAUUGUCCCAAGGUGCCCAAGUGUGCCGAGGGUCGAGGCGCUCUCUUCGGCAUCAGAGUUGAGCAGUUCGGGAACGACACGUACCCGGGCUUCAAGAACAGGACGAUGGAUUGCAUGUUGUCAGCGGUGGGUAAACCUGUCUAUCAUCGUCAUACCGAGUCUAAUUUCGGGUCGUGGAUGCGCGACCCGCAUCCAAGGGAACCCCGGCGGGAGCCUCGCUUCUGGACCACAAACCCGGCCGAUCCCUACCAUCUGUACGAGUUUUCUGACAAGAAUCGUUACCGGAAGAACCUCCCCAGCAAGAACUAUACGUUGAUCAGUCCUUUUGUGGGCAACUCGCAUGUGAUAUACAACGGGGCGUUCUACUACCACCAACAAGGCCAACAAAACAUCAUCCGGUACGACCUCAUAUCUGGUAACACCAUGUCGGUGCCAGUACCUGGAGUGGCGACGGAAGGAGACAACUACCUGUACUCCACCGGUCGGGACUACAUCGACCUCAAUACCGACGACAACGGCCUCUGGGCUAUCUACGGCCUCCCAGAAGCUGACAACAACACCGUGGUGAUGAAGCUCGACCCCUCGACGCUUAAGGUGGAGUACAGCUGGAACAUCUCCCUUAGUCACCACAAGUUCGGAGAGCUCUUCAUCACGUGUGGUGUCCUUUACGCUAUCGACAGUGCAACGGAGAGAGACACCAAGAUCAGGUUCGCGUUGGACCUGUACCGCAAGAGAUUCCUGGAUGUGGACCUCCCCUUCAAUAACCCCUUCAAGAUGACCACCAUGUUGGGCUACAAUUACGACACCAAGGAGAUUUAUUCAUGGGACAACGGGAACCAACUGACGUACCCGGUCAAAGUGAUCGACAUCGGGUACAACACGCCGGACGAGGAGAGAGGCGGCCCCGAGGCUGCUGCUCACUCUAUGGACUACGACAAAGACUACGAGGUAGACGAGUUCGGCAGCUAGCACAAGCCCUAGUUGGCCCCACUCCACCUUUAGCUGUUUCAGUUUCAGCCCUGGGUGUCUCUGCUGCAACCCUGGGUGUCUCAGUUCACCUCUGGGCGUCUCAGUUCCAGCCCUGGGUGUCUCGGCUCCAGCCAAGAGUGUGUCAGCCCCAGUCCUUGGUGUCUCAAUUUCAUUGCUAGGUGUCUCAGCCCCUGUUUUUUGUGUCUAAGCUCCAGUUCACAGCAGAGUUGGACGUACAGGAUGUUCUACCAUCAGCAUCUGAAAGAGACUUUCUCUUUCUCCGUGACAAUGUAGAUGCAACAUAUUCCGUCAGUAGAUGUCUAAACACUUAUCUCAUCGUACUGUUGUUAAUUUUUUAACACACGAGACUUUUUUUUUCAUUGUGAGGGAAUUAUCAAACACUAUUGUAAAGGGUAUAGUAGUCCCGCUGUCACAAAUCCAAUGUAUAACCGCAGAGUCCAAAGUCCCUCUGCGGUAGUGUCCGUAUUAUAUCCCUUUGUACCAAUAAGGAGAGUAGGACUUUUUUCCCACGGUAACUACAUAAAACAUGAUCUUUGAUGUCUUUGUAGAAUGUGGUAAAUUUACUAUGGGAAUAAAUGGACUCGGAUCAUUACCAUCACAAGUGGUAUGUUAAUGUUAUCUGAGAUGAGAUAGAUCGCAGUAGAUAAGUUCGUGUUUUGAAACUAACAAAAUAAAUAAUACGUGAUUUUUAGAGGGCUAGAAAGGUGUUCUAACAAGUGUUCAUCUGCUGUGCAUGUGGGUGAGGCAGCAGCCAUCACCAUCAUUUAUUAAGCUAAGGAAGUAAUCCACUAUGACCUCAAGAUGUACAUCUGGUCAUAACUAAUUUUGACAUGUAGCUAAUGUGUGUUAGACCUCGGAGUGCAGUGUAUGAUGAGAUAAGUAAUGUGUUCCGUGGCAUUUGAGGUCAUGACGUAAAGUUGGUAUCUUUUAUGUUAUCGACCGCAGUGUCUCCAAGUAGAGGCCACGGGGUGACUGGCUCUGUGUACCCCGUGUACAGUAAAGCUCUGCCUCGCCCUAGUUCAGAGCGUUAACUAACUCAAUUGUGGGAGUUUACGUAAAAGAAUGAACGACUUCUUUUUCAUUUCGUGUGAGUGCCAACAAAACAGUCAAGGCAUAACCGGUAACAUAGGAAGAAACUAUUCGUUACACAAGUUAAAAUAUUAUGAUGUAUGACAAAAGAAUGGAAUUCAAUUUCGUUAGUUAACAAUAUAAAGGCAAAAUGGCUGAAGUAACUUUCCAUUGUGUUCCCUCUGUUAUUCAUAGACGGAUGGGAACACGUGUAUAAGGCACAGAGAUAGAUGUUAGUAGCGAGCGCAUGGAACCUGUACUUAGUGAGUAGCGGUGAACCAUAGCAUAGCUCAUUAGCACAACAACUACUGUAGCAUCAGGGCAGUGGCGGUGCCUGCUAGUACAGAUACAGUCGCCUUCUGUUGCACUCUGUAGUUGGGCCAGUUGUAGCAGUGUCCAGCUGGCUCUACUGUAGGCUGCAGGUAACAAGAAGAGACACACAAGUGCCCUAGUUCACCGCCUACACCUGCUGGUCGACGCCAGUUUGUCUGACGGCCUCUUUAUACAUAUCCCACUUACCCAGAGAUGAAAAUGUCCUGAAGGUGCGAGGUUAAAGCCAGUGUCCGCUGUUUAAUGUUCUCGGCUACGUUGACAUUGUACCAUUCAUUCUUAAGGUUAUGUUGAAAGUGUAUUGUACAGUGCUAGAAUAUUGAAGGAUUCUUUAUAUUGCAGGAGGAAUAGCCAAAUGAAAUGUAUUUUUGUAAUCUAAAAAUCUUUAAAUGCUUCGUGUAAAAUUAAAUGCUUUUUAAGUAGUCUGUGACUUUAGCUUAUAGCUUUUGGUGCAUUAUAGGACCAGUGUUAUUAGAUUGAGAAGAAGCAAUAACAGAUAUGGCUGAGGGAUUCUCAGAGCUUCCGUUGUAACAUAACAUAGAGACAUUAUAACAUUAUGUAUAAUUUAAUACAAGUUUUUAUAUAUUUUAAUUCUAAGUAACAUUUGUUCGGAGACUUACCGUAUGGGUAUACGAGUAUACUCCCCCCCCCCCCCCCCCCUCCCCACCACCUGCCAUGUUUGCCCUCCAACCCUCCCAUCAGACCCUCCCCUCCCCUCCACCCACCCCUACCCCUUCUCUUCCACUCGCACACCCUUCACUAACUCCUUCAAUCCUCUCUCCUUCCCAAUUCCUCCAACCCUCCCCAUCCACCACUCCUUCAUCCUUCUCCAAUCUUCCCCACUUCUCCCCUUCCCCACUCCUCCAGCUCCCCUACUCAUCUCCCCUUCCCUACUCCUCUCCCCUUCCCCCUCCUCCCCUUUCCCCUUCGCACCCUCUUCCCUCGAACCGUCCUCUCCCCGGGUCAUCAACAAAGAGGUGUAGUCUCCACCUUCAUCUGGCCUUGUAAUGUAAUUCUGAUGUUUGAUGUUGUAAAGUUAAUUGUACAUUGAUCUCUCUCUCUCUCUCUCUCUCUCUCUCUCUCUCUCUCUCUCUCAUUUCACCUUUUCUCCUCCUCCUUGAUUCCAUUUCACCUUUUCUCCUCCUCCUUGAUUCCAUUUCCUAUCUCUUCCAUUCUGGUUCUAUUUUCCCUCACUUCCGGAAGCUUUAUUGAUAUACUGUAAAAAAUAAACAAGUAAGAUAGA